AGUUAAUAUGGCUCCCAUAGUUACAGCAUCCGCUCGUCACCUAAUCAGCAGCCUCACUGCCCAGACCAGGCUGCGGAUCAGGAGCAAAGUUUUCUUACCCCUCCGCUGACCACGACUACAGGAGAGUUUGAAGCCAGGCAGCACCCAGCGGAGUUAAACUCCGUAACAAGGGAAACACCACUUCCGCUGACGUCAUUACGGCGACACGUGGAUCCAAGAUGGCGGCUGCGAUGCAGGAUUGGUUGCCGUGGGCCCUGCUGCUUCUCUCUCUCACGCGUGAUACACGCGCCUUCUAUGUCCCUGGGGUUGCACCAAUCAACUUCCACCAGAACGACCCUGUAGAAAUCAAGGCUGUGAAGCUGACCAGCUCUCGAACCCAGCUACCUUAUGAAUACUACUCGCUGCCCUUCUGCCAGCCCAGCAAAAUAACCUACAAGGCAGAGAAUCUGGGAGAGGUGCUGAGAGGGGACCGGAUUGUCAACACCCCUUUCCAGGUGCUAAUGAACAGCGAAAAGAAGUGUGAGGUUCUGUGCAGCCAGUCCAACAAGCCAGUGACCCUGACCGUGGAGCAGAGCCGGCUUGUGGCCGAGCGGAUCACAGAAGACUAUUAUGUCCACCUCAUCGCCGACAACCUGCCUGUGGCCACCCGGCUGGAGCUGUACUCCAACCGCGACGGUGAUGACAAGAAGAAGGAAAAAGAUGUGCAGUUUGAACACGGCUACCGGCUCGGCUUCACAGAUGUCAACAAGAUUUACCUGCACAAUCACCUCUCGUUCAUCCUUUACUACCACCGGGAGGACCUGGAAGAGGAACAGGAACACACAUACCGCGUCGUCCGCUUCGAGGUGAUUCCCCAGAGCAUCAGGCUGGAGGACAUCAAAGCAGAUGAGAAGAGUUCGUGCAUCCUGCCUGAGGGUACCAACUCCUCACCCCAGGAAAUUGACCCCAGCAAGGAGAAUGAGCUGUACUUCACCUACUCUGUACACUGGGAGGAAAGUGACAUCAAAUGGGCCUCUCGAUGGGAUACUUACCUGACCAUGAGUGAUGUACAGAUCCACUGGUUUUCUAUCAUUAACUCUGUCGUGGUGGUCUUCUUCCUAUCAGGCAUCCUGAGCAUGAUCAUCAUUCGGACCCUCCGGAAGGACAUUGCCAACUAUAACAAGGAGGAUGACAUUGAAGACACCAUGGAAGAGUCUGGGUGGAAGCUGGUGCACGGUGACGUCUUCAGGCCCCCCCAGUACCCCAUGAUCCUCAGCUCCCUCCUGGGCUCAGGCAUUCAGCUCUUCUGUAUGAUCCUCAUCGUCAUCUUCGUGGCCAUGCUCGGGAUGCUGUCGCCCUCCAGCCGGGGAGCUCUCAUGACCACAGCCUGCUUCCUCUUCAUGUUCAUGGGGGUGUUUGGUGGAUUUUCUGCUGGCCGUCUGUACCGUACUCUGAAAGGCCAUCGGUGGAAGAAAGGAGCCUUCUGUACGGCAACGCUCUACCCUGGCGUGGUUUUUGGCAUCUGCUUCGUUUUGAAUUGCUUCAUCUGGGGAAAGCACUCAUCAGGAGCAGUGCCCUUCCCCACCAUGGUGGCCCUGCUGUGCAUGUGGUUCGGGAUCUCCCUGCCCCUUGUCUACCUGGGCUACUACUUCGGCUUCCGCAAGCAGCCAUAUGACAACCCUGUGCGCACCAACCAGAUUCCCCGGCAGAUCCCUGAACAGCGGUGGUACAUGAACCGAUUUGUUGGCAUUCUCAUGGCCGGGAUCCUGCCCUUCGGCGCCAUGUUCAUUGAGCUUUUCUUCAUCUUCAGCGCCAUCUGGGAGAAUCAGUUCUAUUACCUUUUUGGCUUCCUGUUCCUUGUCUUCAUCAUCCUGGUGGUGUCGUGUUCACAAAUCAGCAUCGUCAUGGUGUACUUCCAGCUCUGUGCAGAGUCUUUAGCUCCUCAGGGGACCGUGAAACUCAGGCAAGAGAUUACACCUGGAGAUAAGGACUACUCUGUUUCCUCUUCAGGAUUACCGCUGGUGGUGGAGGAAUUUCCUAGUCUCCGGGGGAUCUGCAUUCUACGUCCUCGUCUAUGCCAUCUUCUAUUUUGUUAACAAGCUGGACAUCGUUGAGUUCAUCCCCUCUCUCCUGUACUUUGGCUACACAGCCCUCAUGGUCCUGUCCUUCUGGCUUCUCACCGGCACCAUCGGCUUCUAUGCAGCCUACAUGUUUGUGCGCAAGAUCUACGCUGCUGUGAAGAUAGACUGAUGGGGGUGGCCCAUGGCCAGGCCCACUCCGUCCACGGACAGGAAGCCACUCUGCGUGGGGAACUGCAGGCACGCAAAUAAAGUACCUCCUGCUCGUUCGGAAUGUAACUCCUGGCACAGUGUUCCUGGAUCCUGGGGCUGCGUGGGGGGCGGGAGGGCCUGUAGAUAAAUCUGGGACUUUUCUUCAUCAUUUUAUUCCAGUUUUGUGGGGGAUGAGGUUUUUGUGGGUUGUUUUUUCUUCAGUGCUAAGAAAGUUCCCUCCAGCAGGAACUCUCAGACCUGUUUAUUCAGGUUUAUUUUUUUUGGUUGGGGGUUUUCUCCUUAGUUUUUUUUAACAUAUGGAUCCAGGAUGGAUAAAUCACCAAGACACUGGGUUUUGGGCACUGUCUCCACCUCAGUUCCUCAGGCUGUUGGCCACCCCACAAUUAACUGGAAGAGGAAAUGCCUGGCCUUCUGGGGCUUCGGUGAGGUUUCCGAGCCUCUCAUGGCCCGUGCUCACCAUUGACGCCGUGACAAAGCACAGCUCUAGCCCGGACACGCGUCCUCAGGGCCAGCCAGCCUCUGCCGGCCCUGCCCCUCCCUCCUCUCUCUUCCCCCAGCCCCCGCCCAGGGCGGCCCAAGGCAGGGCUGCCAGCCAGGCCUCCAGGUCAACCAAGUCUUGGUUGCUCCAAGGAAAAUCCCCUGGAAGCACUCGGGGCCACGUGCUCCAGGACAGCAGGACUCACCCCUGCUCAGAGCAGUGGGAGUUUGCUGGACCAGAGAAGAGACUUGCAGUGAACUGUAUGUGCCAAGAAACCCUGGAUCCAGGGCCAAGUAUUUAGAGUCAAGCCAAGCAUCCACAUGUCUGUCUGGAAUGAGGGUCCUCACCCCUCAGGAUUGCUCCCCAGUACUUUCCUCGGGGGGUUGCUGCUCUUUGCAAAGUGUGCUGGUGGCGGGCCCUCUCCCCUCCCCCUUCCAGGGCAGAACAAGGCUGGGAGACCUCACAUGCCCUCCUUUAGGUGGCUGGGGAGAGGUGUUCUCUCCCUGAUAUCCCCCAGCCUCAGUGCUCAUGCCCAGCUCUCUUAGCCAGUCCCAUCCCCUCCGCCUCUGCCUCCCAUUGGUUUCUUGCCCCCUUUGGGGGACACCCAGAAAACUGCUUGUGGGAAGGGAGAUGGAAGCUCAGUUCUGUUGCUCUGUCUCCAAUUCCCAGGAAUAGGCAAGGAGCCAAGGUAGAAAGAAGGAACUAACGUGGCCGGCCUGGGCAGCCCAACCCCCUGCACACCCCGUGCAUGUCCCAAACUUUGUUCUCAAGUUGCAAGAGACCAAACCCACCCUGGGAUUAGGGUUUAAGUAACAGCCACUCACCCCUGGUUCGGCCCCUUUGGGACUCCCACCACAAGACAAAGCUCAGGAUGCUGGCUAAGCUAGGAACACACCCCACCCCUUAACACCCUGCACCCCAACUCCAGAUUCCCCCCAGCAGCCCCUACCAGCUCCACCAGUCAAACCAGUGAGCUUCUCGACCUUGUUCACAGUGACUCCGUAUCACCAGGCGGUGUCCACCAAGAAUCAGGUUGGAGAAAAGGGAACCUAAGCAGUAGACAAUGAUAUUGCAGGCUUUUGUUCACUCAAAUCUCGGAUUUUUUCCCUAAGAGAUUCUCUUUUGCGGGGGGAGUAGGGAGAUGGACUCCUCACAAAGGGUUCAGACAUCAUCGAUUUUUCUGACUUUUUUAAUCAUCAUCAUUAUUAUUUUUAAUUAAAAGAUGCCUGUAUGCCUUUUUUUGGUCCAAUUGUAAAUAAAUAUGCUAUUGUCCUGUU